UUUUCAUUGUGCUUGAUACAUCGACUAACGCUAGCACAGAAAUCACGAAAUUGAAAAUGAAUUUCCUCAAAACCCCCAGUUGCAGUGUUCUACUGCUAAUACUUUCUGCAAACGUUCUCCCAUCAACGAGUCUAUGUCUUUUUGACAAACGCUACAUCAUAAGAAGCCGAACAACAAAUCUGGUCUUAGAUAGUACUUCGCAAAGAGUCACCCUAACAGCAUUCACUGGGUACAAUCCACAACUAUGGUGUGUCGAGACCACUGCCACUUCAGGCAUUUCUAACAUCCUCAGUUUUGAUCCACUUGAUCUUGCUCUUGAUGCUGACAUAAUUGGCACAGGGCACUCUGUUUUCCUCAACCGCAGAGACCACGUUGCGAUCUCCGAAGAAUGGGCUGUUAAUUUUGACGGGACUAUUACUAACGUCGGUGCAAAUUUGUGUUUGGAUGGGUUAAAUGGUGACCUUACUGUGGGAACGAGUCUGCAAUUGAAUGACUGCGCAAAUAGCGAAAAGUGGAUUUUGCAAGAACAAUAGCAACUAUAUUGUGGUUUACAAUAAAAUCUAUUUUCUGUUAUGCUAA